CGAAGGAAUAUGGUUUAGGGUUUUUUAGUAUUUCGUUAUGGCGAAAAGACGAAAGAGGAGCAGUAAAAGUACCAGUUCAUCCAAAAAGAAGGAAGUAUCUCCAUAUAUUGCUUCCGAGGUCUCACUGGAUCCUCAAAUUUAUGAAACACAGCUAAGGACACUGAAACACAAAAUAAAAGCGUAAUCUAUUCCUAAUUUUAGAAAAGCGAUUAGUUAUCAGUAUGUGAUUGAUAGUUUCAAAGACCACAUUCUUCAAAAUACGUUUAAAGUCCAAAAUAAUGAAUCAGAUAGCAAGGAACUUACCACAUAUUUACAAAACUGUAUUCAAAAUAAAGAUAGAGAUAUCGACGGUUUGAAACAAGCCCUUAGUACCCUACAUGAAAGAAUGGGUGAAAAGUAUCAGGAACACAACAAAAUUGUGGUCAGUCUGAGACUCGAAAUUGAGGCAAUCGAAGAAAAGUUAAACUCAGAGAAGGCAGUUUUGACUGGAAAAGUUGAGUCUCUCGAAAAUUUUAGUGUUGAGAGAGCCGAGCUACAUAAAAAAACAACAGAAAUAGAAAAUUUAAUUGAAGAGACCUUUAAGCUUAAUAAAUCCCAGUAUCAUGAAAAAGACUUGGAACUGACAGUUUGUCAAGACCAACUAUUCAAGGAGAUGUUAAGCAGAGUUUCACAUUUGGCCGAUGAAUUUCGAAUUGGCACAGAGAAACGAGUUAAUAGAACAGAACGUAGAACACUAGAAUACAAUUGCCAGCUUAAUGAAAAAUUAGCAAAUCUAAGCAGUAAAAUAUCACAUAUUAUGGGUAAAAAUAAAUCCUAUAAACAGGCUACAAAAAAACUGAAGCAUGAUGUAAAUGUACUGCAAGAUAUUAGAAAUCAAAUGCAUAAGAACUGGUCAGAUCAACUCAAAACUUUAAAAAGUUCAAUAUCCAAUUGUUUAGAAAAAGAAGAAAAACUAUCUUCCAUAAUGGAACCAUUAACAACUGAUAAAAAAAUCGACAAAAUAAACAAUGAUUCAUUCGAUGAACAAAUAAAGUAUAUUGGUACAACAGAAAUCAAACUAAAUGAAGAUUUGCAAACAUUGAGAUCCAAAUACGAACAUACAUUAUUUCAAUAUGAAGAAUCCAUAAAUCAGAAAAAUAAAGAAUUGCAUCGUUUAAAACAACUAAUUCAAGCUAGAAAUCGUUUAUGUCAAUUAGUUUUCGAUUGUAAGACUGCUUUUUGGGAAGCCUAUGAAAUGUUAAAACCGGAAAAUGCUACAAAACUGAAUUUAACUGAACGAAUUCAACGUCAUGAUCAUUUACUGACUGCAUUCUUUAUCUUACUUUAUACAUGUGAUCAGCUUAUUUCACGUAUUACUCCAUAUCAAAUUGGCGAUUUUCGUUUAAGUAAAAUAACUAAGAGUAUGCCUUCAUUAUCGAUAAAGCAAUCAUCACAUGGUAAUAAGAUUUUAUUUAGUGAUUCUCUAAAUACCUUUUCAAGAACUUCACUAGUUAAAAGUGAUAUUCAAAUUAGAGAGUUAUCUUCAAAAGAUAAUGAAUCCAACAGAUCACUAUCAGAUUCAUGUGGAAAAGAUUACAAUUCAAUGUUGGACCUCCCAUUAGCAUCUGAAUUCGGUUUAGAACCAAUAGACGAUACAAAGCAAAACCAUUCCAUUACUAAUUUACUGAAAGAAUUAUCAAAAUGUUCCCGUCAAUCAGUAAGACGAACUAACACACCAGUUACAUAUUCGAUUGCUGUACAAACGGACUUUGAAAGUAUUAAACAAUCGUCAAAUUUAUGCAAACAGAAGAAUUUAAACAAAACUUGUCUUAUUCGAAGUAAUCGUGGGAUUUUACAACUACCACUAAUUAAUUCAACAAUUCUAGCACCAAAAGAAGUUUAUAGUGAACUGUAUAGAUUCAAUAUACCACUAACUUAUAAACAUAAAUCACCUAUACUACCAAGUUUACACAAAUUAGCUAAGAUGUAG